UCACCCGCGUCGAACACACCCUUCCUCGGAGAACACACAUUGUUUAAAGUAAAUAUAGAGUUUUUAAGUGUUGGGUGACCGCGAAACACGGUGCCAACAUCCAUGGCACAGAGAUUUCGUAUUUGAAAAAGUUUGAAAUUUCAUACUUUAACACAUCCGCAAACGGUUACUAUAGCAACGCAUGAGAAAAGUUGCAUUAUCUCCUACCGAUACUCAAUAAGAAUAUCAACAGCAUAUACGUCUAGUCAAUUAAGCAUAAAAUAAAUAGUACAAAAAAUGAACGAAAUUGACUUAAUAAAAGAAGUCGAGAAACGUCCAAUUCUAUACGAUAAAUCAGUCAGCGGUUUUAAUAAAACUAAGUUAAGGGAUGACGCGUGGAAGGAAGUUCAAGAAGCUCUCAAUGUAUCUGAAUCAGAAUGCAAGAAGCGCUGGCGUUCGUUGCGCGAUUCAUUCAUUAAACUCCAACGGACGCACGCUGGACGAACGCGAUGGCCCUAUCUUCACGCGAUGCGAUUUCUGAUACCACAUGUUGAGGCGAAGAACGAUGUGCCAAGCAAACGUGAAACAUCCGACUCAGACCCCGAAGAAGAAAAUCGAACUCGGCCCGGAAAUUCGCUCCCAGAUUUAUCUUCCGAUUCUCGUGAAAGAGAUGACGAUGAUGACUUUAAGAAAGCAAAGAAGAUGCGGCUCAACUCAACAGAAGAAGAUCCCUGCCAAUGUAACAGAACGGAUCUAGACGAGCUGUUCCUCCUGAGCUGCGCUUCAACUCUAAAAAGAUUGAAUUCGAAACAGAACGCGGCCGCUCGACUCAAAAUUCAGCAAGCUUUGUAUGAAGCCGAGUUUGGGUGUAAAAUGGGACCCCCUACCGUGGCUCCGGCAAGUGACUGUGGUUUCAAGAAGGUUAAAGGUAUUGAAUGAAAUUAGCAAUAAUGAACAUGUCAAUGCGAAAAUAAAGGAAAUAUAUUUUCGCUAGAACUCACUUGAAUUUAGCUGCCCAAUUAAUAUUAAAAUUUAGUGAUAAC